AUGUUUAAUAGCGGGGGUCAACUACACAACUACUCGGGUGUGUUUGCCAUAACAGGUGUGACCUAUUUAUUAGCCCUUUUAUGGACCGUAUAUAUGGUUGACGAGGAGAAGGAUAUCCAACAGUGGGUCCACCUCUUCAGCAAAGUGUCGGACACCGACAUCGAUGGCCAGCAAACUAUCAUCAGAAAUAAAUUACAAACAUUUAACGCAAACAAAGACCAACACCCGUUGAGAUUGUUGCUCAACUUGGGUAACGUUAAGCAAAUGUUUACCACGUGUUUUAAACGGCGGCCAAACCACUUGCGGCGCCAGAUAUGGCUACUGUUUUUGUCAAUGACCUGUUAUAUGGUGUCACACAUCGGACCCGUAUUCUUCAUGUAUCAGUUCACACAGAAAGUGUACGCCUGGGACUCAAUGACGUACAGCAACGGCGCCUCCAUUGCCAUCAUUGCCAUCACUGCGGGCACAAUGAUUAUCGCACCCAUACUGCUCAAGGUGUUUAAAUUUAGAGACACUACACUAUCAAUGGUGGGUUUGGUAUCAUAUUUUAUAUUAAAUCUGGUGAGAGGUCUGGUGCUGACACCCGCCGGUUAUUACUACUCGCUAAUCGGCGGGUGUUUGGGAGGCGUGGCCUCAAUCGGCAUUAGGUCUCACUUUUCAAAGAUCAUACGUUUGGAUGAAUUGGGAAAAGUGUUCAGCGGUUUGUCGGCCAUCGAAGCCCUGACGCCACUCAUAUCGGCCGCUCUGUUCACCGGUAUAUUCAACGCCACAAUGGAUUCAAUGCCCGGUCUGUCCCUUAUUGUUGUGGCCGUAAUACUUAUCAUACCCUUUGGGAAUGUGCCCAUAGAUCAGCUCAUUCAGGACAAGAUAUGUCGGGUGGAGUACCGGCUGGCGGCCAACUAUUGUCGACAACUGUCCACAUUGUCGGCCGACGACGACUAUUUGCACAUGAAGUCCCAGAUAUUGGCCGACGGGUCGACGUUCACAAUAUACCAGAUACUGAUACUCACACUGCCGUCAGUGUUGGCCACCCUAUUCAUCGGCUCCUGGACUGACACUUACAUCAAAGCCAAAAAGGCUAUAUUAAUAGCCGGAGCCGUGGCGGCCGUAUGCGAGGCCGUUAUGCUGUGCCUAAACUCAUAUUAUUUUGAUCUAUCUCAAUAUGUGAUACUCACAACUCUGUUGCCAAAUGUAUUCACCGGCGGAUUACUGUCCCUCCGGUCGGCCAUCUGGACGUACAUCGCGUCCGCGACGCCGCCCAAUAUGCGGGCCCUCCGUAUGACUGUCGCCGAGUUUACUAUUGGCAUCGCACAACCCUUUGGCACAUACAUCGGUGGCCUAACCCUAAACACUGAUCCCAUGUUCAACACGACUGGUCAACAGUUGCGCAACUAUUUCGCACCCUUUAUACUGUCGGCUCUGGUAUUCAGCGUAACACUCGUUUGGACGGUAUAUGCUGUGGACGAGGAAAGGGAUACCAGAGUAUGGCUCGAGUGGUUUGGCUCACAACAGGUAACCGUUGUCACCGUCAACAGUGGGACAGACACCGAGCGUAGGCUACAAGUGUUUGCCGACCACCGACACAGACAUCCGGUGCGACUACUGUUCAACACAAACAAUUGCAAAGAGAUGUUCCGGUCGUGCUUUAAACGCCGCGACAGUCACCGUCGGCUACACCUGUGGCUACUGUUCCUAUCGAUGGCCGGUUACCUGUUGGCGAGCACCGGACCCGUUGUGUUCAUGUUUCAGUUCGCGCAACGCAUCUACUCGUGGGACUCAAAGACAUACAGCAACGCCAGUGCGCUCUCGGCGCUGGCCGUCUCGUUGGCCACACUCGCAAUCGCACCCAUACUUCUUAAGGUGCUGAACGUGUCGGAUACCGGGGUAUCGUUGAUUGGUUUGGCGGCCUAUUUCGGCCAGAAUCUGAUCCGCGGUCUGUGGCUAUCGUCGGACGGUUUCUUCUACUCACUAAUACCCGGCUGUUUGGGUUCGUUGCCGUCGAUUGGGAUGCGAUCCUUGUUUUCAACGCUUGUUUUGUCCGAAGAAUUGGGCAAAAUAUUUAGCUUUUUGGGCUGUAUUGAGGCCAUUGUACCCCUCAUAGCUAUAUCCGCGGAUUACUGUACAAAACUACCGUCGAUGACGGGUGCGGAGGACACACUGCACAUUAAGUCGGACGUAUUAACCGACAGCACAAACUUCAACAUUUACUACUUUGUAUUGAAUACAGUGCCGGCGGUGUUGACCAUCAUGUUUAUUGGCUCGUGGUGCGAUACGUACAUCAAAGCCAAAAAGACCUUGCUCAUUGUGGGCGCCAUGGCUUGCCUGUGCGAAUCUGUGAUACUUAUACUUAACGACUAUUUUUUCGAUCAAACUUACCUCUUGGUCCUGUUGUCACUGGUGCCCAGUGUGUGCACUGUCGGCCCAUUGGCACUGUUGACCGCCAUCUGGUCGUACGCCACGUCGACCACCCCUAAACACAUGCGGGCCACGCGUAUGACAGUCAUGGAGAUUAUCACCGGAAUUGCUCAGCCGUUGGGCACAUACAUCGGGGGUCUGGUGCUGAACACACAGCCCUUUUUUACCGCCGGACAGUUACACAACUACUCGGGUGUGUUUGCGCUCAUGGGUUUUGUGUACGCAUUCGCCCUCUUAUGGACCAUAUAUAUGGUAGACGAGGAGAAGGCCAUCAGGGACUGGGAGGGCCGGUACAGCACACAUUGCGACAAAGUGAUCGAGCUAAAAAUGGCCAAAUUCACCGACAAUCAACACAACAGUCCCAUACGCCUAUUGUUUGACGUAAAUAACGUUAAAUCAAUGGCCAUGUCAUGCGUGAAGCGGCGCCCAAAUAGCGUACGGCUACAGAUCUGGUGCCUAUUCGUGUCGAUGGCCUGUUAUCUGUUGCAAACCAUCGGUCCGAUGAUCUUCUUGUAUCAGUUCUCGCAAAAAGUCUAUUCGUGGGACUCAUCCACGUAUAGCACGGCCGCCGCCGUCGGCAAUAUAGCCAUCACUUUGGGUACACUCGCCGUAUCGCCUGUACUAUUAAACGUGUUUAAACUACGAGACACGUCACUAGCGAUGAUAGGUUUGGUGUCAUACUUCUCGCUGAAUCUGACCCGCGGUCUAUGGCUGUCUCCCAACGGCUUUUACUACUCAUUAAUACCCGGCUGUUUGGGUCCGUUGGCGUCGAUAGGGAUUCGCUCGCAUUUUUCCAAAAUCAUUGAGCCUAAAGAGUUGGGCCAACUCUUUAGCUACAAUGGACUCGACGCAUCCAAAAUCAUUGAGCCUAAAGAGUUGGGCCAACUCUUUAGCUGUAUGUCAACCAUUGAGGGCAUCAGCCCUUUGAUCGCGUCAACCGUUUUCACCACUAUAUUCAACGAGACAAUGGACUCGACGCCCGGUUUGGCCUUUAUAUUGGUGUCGGCGUUGUUGGCCAUACCCUUCGCUACAAUGGUUUGGAUCCAUUGGUUUACUACUGAACCAGAAUUGCCUCAUCAUAAUCAUGUGUGCGCGCGAAUGGGCGCCAAAUGGUUGAUCACCAGUACUACGGGAUCCCCGACCGUAAUCACUGCACUCGCCGUACGGUUUUGGUAA